GACUGCUCGUCGGUUGGUUGUCGUUGUUGUUUGAUCAAAAUAAAGAACUGUCAAAGCUAAUUAAUUAAAUCAGUGCAAAAAGCGAUAAAGAAAAAAGACAACUAAAAUUCAUCUCACCGCACGUCUGUUUCUGUGAACCACAAAACCUGCGACAACUGUUCCUUUCCUUGGGGAAAUGAUGGCUUCGGUGCGUAUACCGGAGCAGAAGAUCAUACUGUGUGGCGAGUAUGGUGUGGGAAAAAGCUCAAUAUUCCGUCGGUUCGCAACGAACAACUUCGUUACAUCGACCGACCGGAAGUCCACCCUAGGGCUGGACCACUAUGGACGUGCAUUUAAUGUAGGAGACAAAGAGAUUAAGCUUCAACUAUGGGAUACCGGUGGUAUGGAGCGGGUUGCCUCGGUUACCUCCAGCUAUUAUAAGUUUGCCGAAGCGGCCAUCCUGGUGUUUGCGCUGGACAACGAAUCCUCCUUUCACGCGCUGUCGCAGCACAUGCUGGACGUGGUGACUUAUGCUGAGAAUGCCAAAAUUUUUCUCGUAGGCAAUAAGGUAGACCUAGAAUCUAGCAGUAGCGAUCCGCCGGUGACGGAUGCAGAUAUGGAAUCGUUUUGCGAACAGUGCCACAGCCUAAUUAGCGCAACGUACAAAACAUCGUGCAAGACCGGAGAAGGGCUGGAGGAAAUGUUCCGGGACAUUGCAAGCACGCUGGUCGAAUCGAACAGGUCGCGGUUGGAGCUGCAGGCUCUAGAAAGCCAUGGUUUCAAAAUUCAUCCACCGGAUGAAGUGAACGAUCCUGGUUGCUUAUGCUAGUGCACUUGUCUGCUUCACCUGUUUCGUGAUUGUUCGCUUUUUCGAUUGCUCUCACCGGUAAUGGGACAAACGAUAAGUAGUUCCUCAUACUAUUCCCUUCUAGCGUUCAUAAUCCCCUAACGCAAAGCCGUCCGUGUACAAGCGCUAUCCAAAAGCAUUUAAAUGAAUAAUAAACUCGUUACUGUCGUAACGGGUUGCAUUCCUCUUGCCAAAAAAUCGCAGUCUAUUAAAGUAACGAGUGCUACCGUGCACAUGCAACCACAAGAAAGUGCCAUCAAAACACCGGUUUACCGGAGCAUUAGGGAAAGGCGUCUGUUUGAAUGUGUGUAAUCAAAAGCUAAUUUAUUAAUACCAUGCGUUCCAUUCAUUACUAAACAAUCCUCGAACAAUCAUGCGAACUGUAAACGGAUACUAAUUUUAACAGUCACCACAAUCGGUUGUAAUUCGUACUAUUUUCGAUUCUGCAGGGCUUCUGAUAAUUAGAGCUAGUUGUAGCUUUCGUUGUUUUUCCUUCGAUGUACAUGUAUUUAUCAAUCACAUCACAUCUGCCUAGGGCUUAGAUAUAGAAUUGGAGCAUUAAAGGAAACGAAAAGUAGAUGAACCGAAACGCACCGACCCCCAUUGGUCGUGUACAGUGCGAGGAUGAAGCUUUUUGAAUAAACUAUUAAUUGAAUAACA